CCGGCCGCGCGCAGCUCGUCCCGGCCCUAACCCGCCGCAGACGAGGAUCCGCGGCGCUCGGGAACGCGACUGCGGCGCUCGUGGCCCCUCGGGUUCCAAGACCGCUCCAGGAUGCCUGAGGAAAGUUCUCCGCGGCGGACCCCGCAGAACGUGCCCUACCGGGACCUCCCGCACCUGGUCAACGCUGAUGGACAGUACCUCUUCUGCAAGUACUGGAAGCCCACGGGCACACCCAAAGCACUGGUGUUCGUGUCUCAUGGAGCCGGGGAGCACUGCGGCCGCUAUGAGGAACUGGCUCAGAUGCUGGUGGGGCUGCACCUGCUGGUGUUUGCCCACGACCAUGUGGGCCAUGGACAGAGCGAAGGGGAGAGGAUGGUGGUGUCCGACUUCCACGUUUUUGUCAGGGAUGUGCUCCAGCAUGUGGAUCUCCUGCAGAAAGACCACCCCGGGCUCCCAGUCUUCCUCCUGGGCCACUCUAUGGGCGGUGCCAUUGCCAUCCUGACGGCCGCCGAGAGGCCAGGCCACUUUGCUGGCAUGGUCUUGAUCUCGCCUCUGGUUCUCGCCAGCCCCGAGUCAGCGACAACAUUCAAGGAUUACCCGAAAAUUGUGAAGGGUAUGGUGGAAAAGACGUCACGCUUGAUAAUGGUUUGGACUCCACUGCUUUUAUGGGUCCUUGCUGCGAAAGUGCUCAACCUCGUGCUACCAAACCUGUCACUGGGACCCAUCGACUCCAGCGUGCUCUCCCGGAACAAGACAGAGGUGGACCUGUAUAACGCAGACCCGCUCAUCUGCCGGGCGGGACUCAAGGUGUGCUUCGGCAUCCAGCUGCUCAACGCCGUCUCCCGGGUGGAGCGGGCCCUGCCCAAGCUGACCCUGCCGUUCCUGCUGCUGCAGGGCUCAGCUGACCGCCUGUGUGACAGCAAGGGGGCCUACCUGCUCAUGGAGUCGGCCAAGAGCCAGGACAAGACGCUCAAGAUCUACGAAGGUGCCUACCACGUUCUCCACAAAGAGCUUCCUGAAGUAACCAACUCUGUCUUCCACGAAAUUAACGCGUGGAUCUCCCAAAGGACAGCUGCGGCAGGGGCCAGGUGCCCGCCCUGAGCGCACCGGACAGGUGACCAGCUCACGGGCUGGGGAGGCAGGCAGCGGGAGGGCAGAGCUGGCUUCUCAGAUGUGGCUUGUGCGCGACAACACACACAAACAGAACACAGCAAAACCACCACUACUGGAGGAACCCCUAGCACAAAUUUUUUUUUUUAAUCAGACGUUUCCAGACCCUAAAGCUAUUAGCCACUGGUUCCCCCCUCAGGGGAAGUCACAUUAUGCAAAAAAGGGGAGAGUGUGCCAGUUGUGGGUCACCUGCCCUGAUGGGUAAGGCAAGGCCAAGUCUCAACCCGUGUCUUCCAGGGACGCCUGGGUCAGGACACUGAUCCAGUAACUGAGGAGCCCUCCUCCUGCCCACCCUAGGCUCCUACCCCAGUGCACCCCACGUCCCGAGACUGGCCUGGCUCUGUGGCCUUCCUGCAGCCGGCCAUGUGACCGGGUUUCCACUGGGGCCAGCUCCCCCAGACUUGUAUGACCCCUGAGGCCACAAUGCUGGAAAUGGGCCCGGGGUCUUCAGUGCAGCCCACCUCUGGGGGCCGGGGGUGAGGCUGAGUCCAGAAGGGGAAGUGGGAGGGAGCCUGGCUCUCCCACUGGGCGCUGCAUGUUGCCACAAACAGAGCUGGGGUUGUUUAACCCACCCCGGGCUGUGUUUAACACAGAAUGCUGCCUUGGAAGCAGGGAUUUGUGGGGUAACGGGAGCUGGGAGGACGGGUGGAACCUGAGCUCCAGGAGCUGUCGGAAGCCCCCCUCCAAAGUGGGACAGCCCUGCGGUGCCCCUCUGACCUGGAGGCAAGUGAGAGCAGUGGCAGCCUCGGUGCUGGCAGCACAGCUCCCCCUGGUGGCAGGAGGAGGGACUUGCCCACCACAGUGGCCCUUCAGGCCUCCUGGCAGGCAGCAUGGAGCACUCUGACCCAGAGCAGGGACCCGAGGUGCCCCAGCAGGAUGUGCCCACGGGUCCUCACCCAUGGUCACGGCAGGCAUUUCCCAGACAAGGCCCCAAGCCUGACCUGCUCUACUCAGGUGCCCUCCACGCCCUGGGCCUCACAGGGCGGCAGCAAUAAACGGGGACCUCAGCCAAGCGCACACAGCACUUCCACCUUCAAGGGGCCUUGCUUUAACCUCAGGAGCCUCGAGAGUGCACGGGUGGCCCUGGCUGGGGGGUGGCUGAACCCCACAGACGCUAAAGCAGUCUGGGGGAGCCCAGCGCCGUGGAGGUUCAGCUGAGGGUGGGGUGCUUGGACCCUCCCAGACCCUAGGGACUGGUUCUGGGUUCCCCUGCCCAAACCACAGCAUGGCCAAGAGCUGGUCACCUUGCUGGAGGCCUUAGGUCUGUGUUCCCUUGCCCCCUCCGGAGUGGCUGCAGGUGCCAAUAGAACCCAGGGGUCCACAGAGAGCAGCUUGCUAGCCCCCCUGUACCUCUGGCUUCCCUGGAGAGCUGUAACUGGCGUGUGGAGUCCACCCCACCAUGCGGCUAUGCCUGCCACUCUUGGCUAAGGACAAGCAGGAGCCCAUGCCUUCAACCCCCAGCUUGGACAGUGUAGGCCACUCCAGGUCCCCACGUCCUGACAACUGGGAGUGGGGACAGAGGUCCCAGGCAGGGCCACUCCAAGCUGUGCCCCUCACCCCGUCCUGAGGAAGCCGUGGGGGCCAGUGCAGAGAGGCUGGGGUGCUGGAGAGUCAGGAGACAGGGCUUGGCAGAAAUGACCAGGGAGAGGACCCAGGGCGUGCAGCAGGUCCUGUCCCUGCCUGCCUGGGACACUGGGUCCAGGAAGUGAUGCUAGGCAGCCCCUUCCCCGGCAGCUCCAAGGUGACACUCAGCAACCAGGAGUGGCUUUCACGCCUGAAGGUCUGGGAAAGAUGCCACGUGCAGUGAGUUGGGGGCUCAACCCCACCCACGUCCCCGCAAAGGUGGGCUGAGCAGGUGGCAGCCCCCCUCCCUCCCAGCAGCAAACAGCCUGCCCUUCCUCCUGGAGCUAGUGGGGGGGGUUGGAAGGGGUUACUGUGCACCUGUGGGCCUCGGCCACCCCUGCCGACUCCACACACCUCCUCUGUCCUGCCGCUCGCCGGCGUGAACCUGUUAGGAUCACAGCGCUUUCCCAAGCUGUCCAGCAGUCUGUCCCUGCAGUGCCGUCCUGCCUCUGUGUACACCUUAGCGGGGGCCGCGUUAGCAGCUUCAGCUGUUCAAGGACCAUGUACACUACAGCUAAUCCUAAUAAACCAGAUGUUCUCUGUG